CACUCAUUUCAAACUACUCCGUAUUUCUACAAUAGCCCCUUAUCAAAUUCCCAAUUCUCUCACUUUCUCUCUCUAGACACCCUUCGAUGGCACCCAAGGCAGAGAAGAAGCCCGCAGAGAAGAAGCCUGCGGAAGAGAAGAAGACCGUCGCCGAGAAGGCUCCGGCGGAGAAGAAGCCCAAGGCCGGGAAGAAGCUCCCCAAGGAAGGUGGCGCCGCCGCCGGAGACAAGAAGAAAAAGAGGACGAAGAAGAGCGUGGAGACCUACAAGAUCUACAUCUUCAAGGUCCUGAAGCAGGUCCACCCUGAUAUCGGUAUCUCUAGCAAGGCUAUGGGGAUCAUGAACAGCUUCAUCAACGACAUCUUCGAGAAGCUCGCACAGGAGUCCUCCAGGCUCGCUCGUUACAACAAGAAGCCCACCAUCACCUCUCGGGAGAUCCAGACCGCCGUCAGGCUUGUUCUUCCCGGUGAAUUGGCCAAGCACGCCGUGUCUGAGGGGACAAAGGCGGUGACCAAGUUUACCAGCUCCUGAAGGUGACCAAUUUGUCCUUCAAUUGGUUGUGUCUCUGCUUAUCUAGGGUUAGGGUUUUAGAAUCAGUUUACUAUUAGGUUGUUUUUUAAUUUUUCCUUUUGGAUUUCAGUGUUGCUGUGAAUUUGGAUCAGCUUGAUCCAUUUGUUAUUGAAGACGUGAAUGUAAUAGUUUGAAAUCUCUCAAGUUUCGUUUGAGUUCAUCAAUUGACCACCUAUAAAUAAUUAUAAAUCAUUUUCAUUUUGUUU